AUGGCGUACAUCACGAACCGCGCAGCCGACGUCGGGAGCACGACCGCGGCGCUCAAGGCCGCGACCAAGACGCUGACGGCCUCGACGACGCCGGGAGGCAUGCUGGUGCUCGAGGAGGGCCGCGAGGUGCUCGAGCUGCUGCACCGCGUCGCGAACGGCGGCACAUCGGGGCGGCGCGUGGCUGCGGAUGACGACACGGAUGCCUUCCACGCCAUGGCGCGGGCCAAGGUCGCGGCGCUCCUGCGCGCGACGUCCACGCUUCCGGACUACCAGAACGCGCGGGACUUCGAGGACUUCGACCUCGUUCUCGAGGAGCCGUCGUUCCGGCUGUACAGCGCGCGGUGCGUGCACACGGCGGGGCUGCUGUCGCUCAAGGAGUACCCGAAGCGGCAGGUCGCGCAGCUCGCGCCGUGGAUUCUGCACGAGAUCAUCAACAACCAGGCGGCGCAGCAGUGCAGCCAGAAGGUGCAGGGCAUCUUUGGGCUGUUUGAGACGCCGCGCUCGGUGAUGAUGGUGCUGCAGCACAUCGGGCUCGGCAGCGUGUCCGAGUGCCUCACGGCGCGCGGGUGCUUCCUGGACGAGGGCUUCGUCGCGCAGUGCAUCAUCACGCCGCUCCUGCAGGCGCUGGACUUCAUGCACCGGCAGGACAUUGCGCACAUGAACGUGACGCCGUCGAGCGUGUUCCUGAAGCCGUCGGGGAACGCGGUGAUCGGGGGGUUCUCGUGCAGCAUGGAGCUGUCGUUCAAGCCGCCGCUGAACCCCACGGCGUGCGUGCAGUACUCGCCGCCCGAGGUGGUGCGCAUGCAGGUGCAGCAGAUCAACAACAUCGAGUCCGCGAGCGGCGGGAAGAACUCGAGCAUGAUCGGACGCCUCCUCGGCGGCAAGUCCGGCCGGCGGUCUGCCCACAACGGGGCGUCCAUGCGGGGCAUCAAGCAGCACCUCGACGCGCUCUCCCACAAGGUCGACAUCUGGCAGAUCGGGUGCCUGGCGUACGAGUGCAUCACCGGGAUCCUGCCCUUCUUCAUGCCCGACGCCGAGGGGCGCGACAUCACGAACGGCAUCAUGCGGUUCCGGACGUCGGACCUGGAGUUCCCGGACGACAUCAGCGAGGAGUUCCAGGACUUCAUCCGGCAGUGCCUGCAGCCGUCGCCGGAGGACCGCCCCGAGGCGGACGACCUGCUAGCUCACCCGUGGCUGCAGGUGGGUCCGCUGGUCGACGAGGAGUCGCAGCUCGUGGAGCUGUCGCAGGUGCUGAUCGCGCUGACGGGCGCCGGCGAGGCCGGGCGGGACUCGGAGGCCUCCGAGUCGGAGGACGGCGCGCCGUUGGCGUCCCCUGCGAAGAAGCGCUUUGGCGGCUCGAAGGAUGCCGGCGGGCCGGCGGGGGCGUUCUCGAACACGGUGAAGAAGUCGCAGGGCUACGGGAAUCAGGACCUGGGCGUGCAGCGCCGGCGCAUGACCAUGGAGGUGCAGCGCGCCAGCGAGCGGGCGACGGGCUCGGGAGCGCCGCUGCAGUCGCGGAGCAGCGUCCAGCAGGACCGCAACACGGACCACGGCAGCACGCGUCGCAGCAAUCACGAGGCAGUGCCGUCGCCCGCCGCGCGCCGCGUCAAGGGCAGCGACAACCCCGAUGCCGAGGGCGGGCUGCUGACACGCAUGUCGAUCGCCGACGUGCAGGCGGCGCAGCUGCGGAGCGCGGCGCGCAGCAUGGGUCUGAAGAUGCACAAAAAGGCCGGCGCCGCGGAGGAGCUCGUGAAGAGCGUGGCCGGCUCGCGCCCGUCGGGGGCGUACCCGCGUUCGCGCAACCACGAUGGGCCCGGGCCGUCGCGGAUGGCGCAGUCGUCGAACGUGGAGCUCAAGAGCGCGGACGCGGACCAGGCGCUGCUGCCGGGCGGGGCGACCAGCGGGGGCGGCCCGCAGCCCUCCGCGGAGCAGCAGGGAAAGCCCGCGGACGCAAAGCCGGGCAAGCUCUUCCGGUGCUGCAAGGGCGGCGCGGCGCAGGCGGCCGAGCCGGGCGCGCUGCAGGCGCCGCCGACGGUGAUGCGGCGGGACGAGCACGCGCAGCGCGUGUCGCUGGACCGUCGGCGGUCGCUGGAGGCGCGGCGUGCGGCGCGCAACUCGCUCGAGGUUGGGAAGCGGGCGACGAAGCUGCGGUCGGGCGCGUCGCAGCGGAACCAGCUGGUGGUGCGCUCGAGCGUCGAGCGUCCGCGGCCCGGGUACGCGCCGCCGCGAAGCUCGCAGGCCACGCGGACGAUCAACACCGCGGAGGAGGGCAUCGGCGCCGGGGUGGACACGUUCGUGGACAACACGCUGAACCAGCAGAUCCACAACAUGCGCGCGGCGCUGGCCGCGACGGCAUCGGAGCGCAACAUGGAGGCGCGGAAGGUCGGGGAGGCAGCGGGCUCGCUGCCGCCCGAGAUUGCCAAGGCCGACGCGUUGCGCGUGGUGCAGAGCAGCGCGCGCGACCUGAGCAAGAACCUCUUCAAGAAGCCCAGCAAGCAGCGCAUCGAGCUCGGGGAGAGCGCGCAGGCCGCCACGGGCGUGCCCAUGAUGGUGCGCACACGCAGCAUGCAAAAGGACGGGACGUCGGCCCAUGCCCCCGACGGACUGGCGCUGUCGGCGAUCCGCGAGGACGAGGGCGGCCUGCAGAGCCGGGACGGCGCCCGGGCGCCGUCGUCGCGGGGGUCCAAGCCCAGCACGCCCAGCGGCGCAGGGAUCGCGUCGGCGUUCGCCGGGUCCGGGAUGCGCGACUCGGCCACGCCCGGCGUCGUGCCGGAGGCGUCGGAGGGCGACGUGGGGCGCAGCAUGGUCGGCAGCAUCAUUGAGCGGCGGAGCAGGGAGGUGAAGCGCGACAGCAACAACAGCGCCUCGGCGCACGCACACAACCCGCCGCACCUCGACACGCUCGCGCAGAACGCGUGA